CAUCCCUUGCCUCUCCGCCGCCAUCUACGCGCCACGGAUUUAGCCAUGGCUAGCAGCAGCAGCAGCAGCAGCAGCAGCAGCGCGCGGCAUCGUAGCGUGCCCUCUCUCUCUCGUCCUGCAACCAACCAACAAAUCUCGCACAUCGAACAUUCCAUCCGCCCACGUCGUGGCCGCUCGUGACCUUGCAGGUCCCCGGCCGUUGGUGGCGGUCGUCAACCGUCACUAUCGCCGAAUUGUGUUCUCGGCAGAUUCGCGUCUUCGCUUUGCCCGUGGCGCGUUGCUUUUUCUUCCCUGCACGAACCAACCGCCCCUUGCUUCUGUUUGGAACAUCUCGUCUCGCCCCCUGCCUCUGGCACGACCUCGCUGACGCAGCUCGACAGUCUACCCAGCCAAGCCCAAUGCAGUCAACCCCCCUCCCGCCAUGUGGCAUCUCCAGGGCAGGGAGGAGACAGCGGCGCCGGGAUUGAUGCUCAUCCCAUCACCUGCAAGACCGAUCUACGCCAUGCAGCCUGCAGAAUCAGGCUGUGGCCAUCGUCGCGAAAAGCAAGCCGUCGCACUGUCCCCUCGGGUGGCUUGACUGUCGCACAGGAGAGAGGCAGCCAGCCAUCCAGCCAGUUACUCGCACAUGCAGCGCAACCCCUGGAGAAUGGAAUGGUGCCAUGGCGGCGGGUGAGAUGCGCCUGGAACCAAGGCAGGACGCCUCCAAAGCAUGACGCCGGCAUCUGGCAAAGACCACAAGCCGUGAACAGCCGUCAGCUGCUUCGUACCCCCAUUGCCAUUCCAGAGAUUUAAUCGCCUACGAGCGGGCACGGUCGUCGGACCUCGCCUGGACCGCGCCCCGGUCUGUGACCAGCUCACGAGCAGGCCUCGCAACUCUCGUUGACUGCCCGUGCUGUGGUGAUGACUGAGCGGCGAAGCGGGUAGAUGCGUUGCGGGUGGCUACCGGACGUCUGCCUGGGUCGAGGUUCCGAUGCGGGACCGUCGAGCAUCCCGAACCGACGUCCGGAGCGGUUCCUCAUACUGGGUGCCGCAGACUCCCUGCACUGUCCGGGUGAUUGAUUAAUUGCGCCACUCACCCAGGCUCCUGGACCGUGUGGUGCGACCAAGGCAGGGAAGGCUCUUGACCAACAACGGGUUGUCUGCGGGCUGCGUGCCGGGGCCAUCCAUCUGCUUCCACCAGCAAGUAACGCGGCGCGAGGUCCCGACCCGGACGGCGCGCUUCUUCGGAGUCGAUGAUUCACAUAGCACGCGCAUUCCCGCAGCGCCUCUUGCUCGUCAGACCAAUGCUAGAGCAUCGUCUCGUUGGUUUCCUUUGCGAAAAAGAAGACGCCGGCCAUGUGGGUUCGCUUCUGUAGGCGCCAGCGCGAUAGUAGCUCGACGGUCGACACCACCAUCGACAGACCUGACCGGCCACCUUUCUUUUGUCCGCACUGUCAUGUUAUUUCUUCUUUCCCCCCGUGCUGCGCAGGGCGUCGCACGCACGCACGCUCUCGCGAGCUAAGGGCCAUCGCUGUCGCCUUCCCCACCACUUUGAUCGCUGGUACUUCGUACAUGGUACCAUCUCGCUACAUCCUACGUAUCUAUAUUGCCGUCUCGCGUCCCUUCGAAUCACUGGGUGUUGGGUCGUCAGUGCGACAGUCGCUGAUUGUCCCUUUUCGCCUCCUGCUCGCGGCGGCUAGGACGAGCCUCAAUUUGCAACAGACCCCCCGCCGAGCACCGUCUUGGCCAUGCCUCCUUGUCUCUGACUGUCUCUCCGCUGCUGCCCUUUAUUUCCCCCCAUCGUGCUGCACCCCGGCGGACCAUACUCGCCCUUGACCAGCCGCCAUCGUCUCGUUAUAUCCUAAGCCCGCCCUCGUUGCCUGCAUGCCUGGCCUCCCUCCAGGCUGGGAAUCCUGAUGAGUACCCCCACUGGCCACGGCAAGCCCAGCGAGCUUCCCAUGCUCCCGAGCAACUCGACGGCUCUAGAAGCACGCAGCCAUUCCCCCGAGCCCGCCGACGACUCUUCCCGAUCAGCGUCAGCAGCAUCAACACGCUCGAGACUGACGUCGAAACGACCGCGAUCCGUGUCUAACAUGACCGAGCUCAUACCGCUCAGGCUCUCAACUUCAACUUUAAGCUUCUUGAGCACGCCCUCGUCGACCCCCGAGCCCAUAGGAGACCGCGUGGACGAGUAUUUUCCCGAGCUGCUGGCCCAAGACCUCGAGAGCUCGGCCGAGAUCUUUGCCUCCAGACGAAUGACGGCAGGCACACCAGUGCUACUCCUCUCAAACGAAGACCAGGCCCGUAUCAGGAACACCAGAAUGGGGCCCUCUCCUCCUUAUCUGGCAGCUUCGGCCAGAGUCCUGUCGCUAGGGGCCAUAGAAGAGCGUACCUCCAGGGUUUCUUUUCUCGAGCAACAGGAAUCACAGCUAGAGGCUACGACGUCGGAUGCCGAGUCGAGGAUGAGCUCGCAAACGUCAGAGGACAUGGCCCCUCCUUCAUUUCGGCACCGCGAGUCGGUCUUGACCGCUGCCACAUCAGUGGCCUCGGCAAGUUGGAAACCUUCGGCGAUUAGAUCGAUGCCGGCAAGCAGUCCAUUGGAAAACAGCUGGAUCGAUUGCGACUCAGACUGCGACUCAGACGAGAUGGACAACUGCAACAUCGCAUCACUGUCGCCUCGGCCGCCCACGCCUCCCGAGUCUGAUUUCGACUCGGGUGCCACAGGUCUCAGAAAGUUGGACAUGCGGGGCUCAUGGGGCCACGGCGAGCAGACUCUUCAUCACAAAUCGCACUCAGUAUGCGGCGGCUCGCCUGAUUCGCAUCCGCGAGAUAGAGCGUCCCAUGUGUCGUUUGACUUGCCAGUCAGACCAUCAUCGACGGUGGGGCUCAGACGACACGACCGCUUCGAAGAGAGGCGCAGCUGUGAAGCUCACACCACAAAACCCUCGUCUGCUCAUAUGGAACAGCAACAGAUCAGCACCCCCCAGUCGCGCAGAGUCAAGCAAGCGGCCCAAGAGCUGAGCCAGACGCCAGAGACUGGAGACAAGACCGACCCGCCCCCAGCCACCAAGGAAUUUCUGGAUUGUGAAGCUGAAGCCACAGAGAUGAUCUAUCCAGCGGGCCCCCUCACCCCGCUCACGGCGAUGCCUCUUUCCGAGACGGCUUUCGCGCGGCCACCGUCCCCACGCCCGGCCCUUCGAAGCGUUCAGUCGUGGCUAAACAGCAGUCUACAGCCGUGUCCUCGCGUGUUCAACGAUGACAUGAGUAGGGUGGUGCCACUACCCCCCGAUGCAAUGGAGACGCUCAGAGUCUCAAUUGCAUGCUUUCCCGAGACGAUGCUGUUGUCAUCGAGUCUGACCAUUGACACAAUUCGGACGUACUCGCGCAAGGUGCGCCAGCCGAGCUUAGAGAUUGUACGGGGUCCGUCGCCGAGGACUGCGACGCCCGAAAUGCCGUCUCAGACGCCCAGAAAGUCGCUUUGGCGCAAGGUCAUGCCUCACAAGCGAAGCGCAAUGGCGCCGGACGUACGACAAAGGCAAAGCCACAGCUCUGGAGAGAGUAGCGUCGCGUCCAUGUCAUCUAGCGCUGCAGAGACGCCAAAGCCGUGGGAGCCGCUGCAAAAUGUAUUCGGAAGCUGUUCAAGCUAUAUUUGCGAUGCCCUAUACGCACACAUCGUUGCCUACAACUACAUGUCUGCCUUGGUGGCUCGAAACUCUACCGCAUCAGGAUCACGAGGGACACCCAGCGAAUCCCAGCAAGAAGAGAUUCCGAAAAAGGCGGCAAGCCUUCUCGGCUUGGGGGGUACGGGCGAGCCUGGCACCGCCUUCAACCGCCACUCUCGGAGAGCCACGACGUCAACAGAGAAUUGGUGUAGGGAAGAGAUGGUGACGACUCAGCCCACGGCAUGGGCCAACCACGAAAAUAUGCAGGGCGGCCUUCUACGUUGCGUUGUGCGACUGGUUGCCGCGGCCAGACUCAUGGCAGAGAAGGGCACAAGUGAGGACACAAUGGUUGGUAAGGAUGUGGAUGAUGUGGAUCUGGUACUCAUCAGAAGCCUAUGUGAGAUUGUGCGCAUGGCAGAGGAGGCGUCAGGAUGAUGGCGUCGGUUUCACGUCUGCAAAUUUGAGGUUUGACGAGGCAUUCCCUGGAUGACGCUGCUUUUUAAGGACAAUACCCACGUUGGCGAAGUUUCGGUUGGAUUGGGCGCUGGAGCCCGACUGAAAAGGAUUGAUUGAUAUCUGAUAUGACGGCCGCCUCUUUUCGCUUUUCGAGUCGGUUGCGGUGGCUGGAGGAGGGACGAUACCAGGUAGACUAUGAGGAGAAUUAUCCAUUGCGAUCGCAUCA